GCGAUCUUUGUGCGCCCGGCUCCCUUUUCGAGCGGUCACGCUUCCUCCCCCGGAAGCGUGGGUCUCGGACUGCACGCCGGCUAAGCGAUCUGAGCGGGGGGAAAAGCAGCAUGGAGAAAAGCGAGGAGUUUCUCGGGAAGGUGACGCCGGACCCGGUGCGCAGUUUCGAGCGCUGGAAGAAGAAGUACGUCAAGCGGAAGAACAAGCUGCGGCAGCAGCGCAAGCAGAAGAAGCGUCCCGAAUGGGUGGUGGAGCGGGAGAAGAUCGCCGGCUUGGUGCGACGCUACUCCGAGAUCAACACAAAUGAAAUUGUACGGUUUUCUGAUUUCCCUCUCUCUAGGAAGACACUGCAAGGUUUGCAAGGAGCUCAGUAUCGUAUGGUGACAGAAAUCCAGAGGCAGACCAUAGGUUUGGCACUGCAAGGUAAAGAUGUACUGGGAGCUGCAAAGACAGGUUCAGGCAAAACCCUGGCUUUCGUUGUACCUGCCUUGGAACUCUUGUACCGUCAACAGUGGACUUCUGUGGAUGGAUUGGGAGUUUUAAUCAUCUCACCCACCAGAGAGUUAGCAUACCAAACGUUUGAAGUUCUGCGUAAAGUGGGGAAGAACCAUGACUUUUCGGCUGGCCUUAUCAUCGGUGGAAAGGACUUGAAACAAGAAUCGAGCCGGAUACACAAUAUAAACAUUCUUAUAUGUACUCCUGGUCGGCUCCUGCAGCACAUGGAUGAAACGUCCUAUUUCCAUGCCUCUGAGUUGCAAAUGUUGAUACUUGAUGAAGCUGACAGGAUUUUGGACAUGGGCUUUGCUGAGACAAUGAAUGCAAUCAUAGAAAAUCUUCCCAAGAAACGGCAGACACUUCUUUUCUCAGCCACGCAGACCAAAUCUGUGAAGGACCUGGCCCGGCUAAGCUUGAAAGACCCAGAGUAUGUCUGGGUGCAUGAGAAAGCAAAGUUCAGUACUCCAGCGACCUUGGAACAGAACUAUAUUGUCUGUGAACUGCAUCAGAAAAUCAAUAUGUUGUACUCCUUCUUGAGAAGUCACCUGAAUAAGAAGAGCAUUGUGUUUUUUGCAAGCUGUAAAGAGGUCCAGUACUUGUUUAGAAUAUUCUGUCGCCUUCGGCCUGGCCUUCCCAUACUGGCUCUUCAUGGCAAACAGCAGCAGAUGAAAAGAAUGGAAGUCUACCAUGAUUUUGUGCACAAGAAAUCAGCUGUUCUCUUUGCUACUGAUCUAGCAGCUCGGGGUCUGGAUUUCCCUGCUGUGAACUGGGUCAUUCAGCUUGACUGUCCAGAGGAUGCGAAUACUUACAUACACAGAGUUGGGAGAACAGCAAGGUACAAAGAAGGUGGAGAGGCUUUGCUUGUACUGGUCCCUUCAGAGGAGAAUGGCAUGAUUCAGCAGCUGGAACAGAAGAAAGUUCCUGUCAACAAGAUCAAAAUCAACCCUGAGAAGCUCGUAGACAUUCAGAAGAAGAUGCAGUCUUUCUUGGCUCAGGAUCAAGAGCUGAAAGAGAGAGCCCAGCGGUGUUUCGUUUCUUAUCUGCGCUCUGUCUACCUAAUGAAGAACAAAGAUGUGUUUGAUGUUCUCAAGUUACCCAUAGCUGAAUAUGCCCUCUCCCUUGGGCUUGCAGUGGCUCCUCGUGUAAGGUUUCUUCAGAAAGUCCAGAAGAAAAUGCUUGAGAAUGAGCCUGAAGAGGAAGGCCCUUUAGAGGGGAAAGAGCAGCCUAAAGAGAAAGUGUUUUCUUCAAGCAAUGAAGAUACAGAAAAGUGCAAGGCGCUUUUCAGUGGAACUGUGACAUUGGGAGCAGAGGAGAUGAAAAAGCUCUCUAGCAAAAGCAGUGGAACGGAGGCUGAUGCAUCACAUGGUGAAUCUGAGACAGAGGAAGAGCCUAUAGUAGUUCAAGGCUCAAAAGCUGAAUGCCUGAAGUUCUUUGAAGAGGAUCAUAGUGAUGAUGAUGAUGAUGAAACUAAGAAUCCUGAUGUACUGACUGUGAAGCGACGGAAUGUCUUUGGCUUGGAACCAGCCACUGUAACGCAGAGUGCAUCAAAUUCAAAGAUGAAGAAAACAACUAAAACGAAAGAAGCUAAAAAAGUUUUGAAGAGAAAAUUUAAAGUCAAUACAAAAAUUGUAUUUACUGAAGAUGGAGAGCUAAUUCAACAGUGGCCACCUGCUCAAAAAUUGGCUCAAGACAAAGGAGAGGAUGAUGACAAUACUGAUGGGAUCAAUCUAGAUAAAGCAAAAGAGAGACUACAGGAAGAAGACAAAUUUGACAAGGAAGAAUAUAGGAAGAAAGUUAAAGAAAAACACAGGGAGAAAAGAUUGAAAGAAAAGGCAGCCAGAAGGGAAGCCAGAAAGAGAAAUGCAAAGGUUGAAGAGGAAAAUAUAGCUUUUCUGGAUCACAGUGAAAGUGAUGGAGAAUUUGAUCCAAGCAGCCUUCCAGACCCUGAUAAAUUUGAAAAUUCUGCCCAAGAGGAUGAUGCAGAAAGCCAUGGUGAGCUUGGGAUGAACAAACAACCUUUUGAAGGACGCACACAAGCCAUGGAAAUAUCACCAAAGAAAAAGAAGAUGAAACUUAGCCAAGAGGAUUCAUUUGCACCGUUGGAUACGGGUCUUUCCCUUGCAGAAGACGAAGCCCUAGUAUUGCAUCUGCUCAACAGCCGAAGCUAAUGAUACCUUUUCCUCCUGCUCUUAUUCCAAAAUUCUUUUGUCUUUUUGCCACGAAAGC